AUGGGAAGCACCACUUCAUAUUGUUCAUGGAUCACACAUCUCGAUGAAGCAUAUGCAUAUCAAGACAAGACGGGGGGAAGAUGUGUCCCGCUCUUCGACGCUCUGAGGCAGCUUCUCGACGAGACUGUGCAACCGGAUGAGGCAGCAAUUCUCAUCACUUCGUUCGUGAUGUCGAAUGCUGAUUUCUUGGCUGUUUACUACGAGGUCAUUCUAAUUAUUGUCAGCUCCGCUCUGAAGCUCUCGGACGAACAAGAUCUCGGCAAAUUAGCGAGGUUGGUACUGGCACUUUCACGAUUGCCGGACGUGCGUAAUGAAAGCACUGAAACACUUCAUUUAUCGUUCAAUCACAAGACUUUAAUCGUCGGAUCUGGCCAAGUCAUUGAAGUGGACGGUGGAAAGCUAUGGGCAGAUCUCCCUCAAUUCGAAGCUGGACUUGGCGAUUCCAUGUACGGUGUCACGGGCUACAUCAAUGACGGAGAAGCGGAACACAUCGCAGAGCAACAGUGGACAAGCCAAAACACCUUUGCCGCUUUCCUCUACCAAGGCAAUAGCGCUUCGCCUUGCGAUUUCGGCUUCCUAUCACUCUAUGCUUUCCGUACCAUCGUCUACUCAUUAGAGUAUGAUCCAACCACCGCAAAAGGAAUCGAUUCUCUACACAACCUGAGAUCUGCUUGUAGGUGGAUUUUGAUUGCUGGUGAAGAAUUGUGGACGGAGACGAUGCAAAGUCGUUGCUUUGCAUCUGCUGGGCCUAUGCGAGUUUGUGAGGAGGGGUAUGAGGAUAAUCAUGGCCGGAACAGCGUUACUGUCCGGCGAUGGCUGGCAUGGGCUAGGAGGCUAGAUGACUUGGCGGAUGGUAAUAUGAUUGAGGAUGAACUGAAUGAGCUAGCAAGAGCAGCUGCGGAUCGUAUCAAAGAUCUCGAGAAGUACUGGGUGUUCGAUGAUGUCGAAGCCGAGACAGAGGAAAGAGCGACUGCAUCAGAGCCAGAAGUAAAGUAA